UAGACAACUCUCGGUGACUUCCAUUAGGUGACGAAAGAAGUGAUGGCGAAGAAGGGAUACUCUUGUUUUAAAGGGAACAGUUUAUCUAUGAUGCCUUAACGGAACAUUAUGCGAUAUUGUUUAUAUAUUUGGAUUAAUAAUGAAAUUUGGUUUCAAAAUAUCUUCUUGUCCACAUGAAAACGGAGCGAUAUUUAUAUUGGCUUCUAAAAAUGACAACUGUCUUGUAUGCGACAGUGUGUGCGUUCGUUGCUUUUUCUGCACUCGGUAACUCCACCAAUUUAACAAACAGAAGUGAACCACUCAAGUCCUUUGAGACGUACGGUUCGGACGGACAGUUUGUGAUCGUUUGCGAUGAGAAAGACAUUGUGUGCAAGCGAGACAACAUUAGUCUGGAAGCUGUGUAUGAAAUUCACCGCCUCAUAGACGAUGACCAAAAUGGCAAUGUUGACCAGUCAGAAAGUGACGAGUUUAUGAGAGAUGAACUUCAGUACAAAGAUGGGUCAAAUGAAAGAUUGUCGAUUUUCCAUGGCAACGAUAAGUUGAUAAGUGUGGAGGAUUUGUGGCAUGCGUGGAAGAAAUCACAAGUUUACAACUGGACUAUAGAGGAGGUCACUGAAUGGCUGUCAAAACAUGUGGAACUUGGUCAAUAUGUGUCCACGUUCCAGCAGGCCAAGAUCGAUGGCACAAUGUUACCAAGCAUUGCCAUUCAGAAUAACAACUUCACAAAGAAUGUCCUGAAAAUUAAGAAUGCCAUUCACCGGCAGAAGAUCUCGGUGAAGGCCAUGGAUCUCAUUUUGUUUGGUCCCCCUAAAGAGAAGCAUAACUUUGUGAAGGACCUGAUACUAAUGACCUCCCUUGUAACUGCCCUCGUGGGGUGUGGCAUUGCCUACACAUUCCACAAAUCCUCCAAAGUUCAGAUGAAGAAGGUCAUGGAAGAGAUGGAAAAUUUACAAAAAGCAGAAGACUCUCUGAUGGAACUUCAGGAAAAACUGAAUACAGCCGAAGAAAAACAGAAGUCAGCUUAUCAGGAGAAAGAGACCUUGGAAAUGAGAUACCAGGAUGAAAUUGAUCUGGCAAAGAGGGAGGCAGAAAAACUGAGAAAGGAAAGGGAAGCAGGAAAGCAGGAGGAAAAUUCAGCUCUUACUCUGGCAGAGAGGGAGUUAGAACAGGUUAGGGCAGCUCUCAGGAGGGCAGAAAAGGAAUUAGGGAAGAAGGUACAUUCCGUGCCACCAGAACUCCAAGAAUGGCUUCAACUGACCUACGAAACGGAACAGAUGUACUUCAACAUUCACAAAAGAGAGGCUGAAAAACAGCUGGAGCAGGCUAGGGAGGAAUGCAGACGAAUUCAGAAGAAAAGAGGGGCAUUAUUUGGACCUCUUAGGAUGGCUCCAACAAACUCCAUUGACCAGUUUGAUAAUAAGAUAGAAAGUGCCAGGCAGGCCCUGGAUGAAGUUAGAAAAUGUUUAACAGAGAAAUCCCAGAGGUGGCAUAAUAUAGAAAUGUUAUGUGGCUUUCCCAUCAUCAAUAACCCAGGGAAAGAGCAUCUAAUACAGACCUUAUUUCUAGACACUAGCACAGGUGGAAAUAACUUCUCCACUGCUCUAGGCAGCUUAAAUGUGGAUGAAGCAGAGCUGGACGAAGACCCACAGUAUGGCUCACCUCGGUCAAAGUCAUCAGCCAUGUAUUAUUCGUCUACGAUGUCAAAUGGUUAUUCACGACCAUCCUUGUACACAGGGUACAACAUGCAGGUUCGACAACGACCUAAAGCCCUGGUGGGGAGCAGUUCCUCACUGGUACGCGUAGGAUUUUCUGGCAGCACUAACUCUCUGGGCAGACCGGGGCAUGUAAACAGCCGAAUGGCAGAGAGUCCCGUAUCUCCACUAUCAGAAACGACCAGUGUCAUUUCUGAUUCUGACAGACCUCUCUUUAGCCUGGACGAAAGUUCUUCAGAGUCACCGUCCUCUUCUGAGAUGGAUAAGUCUACAGACCUCACUCUCACUCGUACAGAGGAUUCUGACUCGGACUCUAAAGGGACCAGAUACAGCCACCCUCCCAUAACAAAUGGAGGAGGGAUUGUGAAUAGGCCUCGGUCAGGCACCCACGAGACGGAUAAAGAGAGUGGGGGAAACUUCACCUUGCCCCCCAGCACACGACUAAUCACCCAAAACUCCAGCCCUACACUUAUGCCGAAAUCCCAGUCAGAACUCAACAUAAAGAAACUGAUGUUGAAAUCUGUUAGUUUAGAAAAUGGCAAAAGUGAGGAAAAUGAGAGGCUAGAAAACAAGAAAAAACGACAUCAGUUUCUCAAACUGUUCAAAAAGAAAAAGGCAUAGAGAGGAUAAGCUGUGAUGUGAUAUGUUUAUCUAGGUCUACAAAUAUAUGGGUUUCUGUUUAAGGUUGGUGGUCAAAAAAUAUAAGCACAUACAUGAAAUGUUGUGUAAUAUUUUUGUCCCAUGAUUCCAAGGAAUAGGGUUAAUAUUGAAGUUCAGCUUGAAAGAAGGGAGAUAAUCCCAUCAGUGUUGUGCCACUUUUUUUUAACUUUAAAACAGAUUUAUAGAAUCUAUUUCACUCUGCUUUUCAUGUGCUUUUUCAUACAAUUUUUGCAAUAGAUGAAGAUAUUUACAGAUUAAAUGGUUCUUCAGCAUUGUGGCCUUAUUAUUUUAUUCUUUCCUGUGUUUCAUAUGGUAUAUAAUCCAUACUUUAUCAUGGGUUUGAACUUUUUUUUGUUCAGGUCAUAUUGAAUUUUGUGUACAAACAACAAAAGAUCUUAGGAGUAGUCUGUGUAGGAAUUGUUUAAUUCUGUUUAAAUCAUCAUUACUGUUUUUUAUCAACAUUUGAUGUUCAUCCAAAAAGUAUCUUGAAAUGAGUCAUGACCAGAAGAAUAUGUAUAAAGUUUAGUAUGUAAAAGCAAUAUAUAUAUGAAUUUAUUUUUUGAUCGAUUCAUUUUAUUGAUAAUUUGUUAUACUUCCACAGAUUGGUACUAAUGCUCAAUUUUUCAAAUAUAUAAUAAAUAAGUGUGAUGAUGUUGAUUAUUGAUAAGGAUAUGAAAAGUGGACAAGAUGGCUACCUAUAGUAAUUACAAAUUUUUCUAUCUAUAGAUAUAUUUUUCAGUGUUCAUACAAAGUUGACUGUAUUUUUAACUUGGAAAGGUAAUGUGAAGCUAUCUACAUGCAAUCUUGCUGUUCAUCCCUCAAAACAAAGGGAAAAAAUUCCAGAAACAGCUGCUGGAAAAUUUGUCUGUUAAAAAAGAAGUUUACUGCCACUGAUGUCAACUGGUUCGAAUUUUCAGCCUGUGUUUUUCAGUGAAGACUUUCCUAUUCAUUGGCUAAGUUCUUCUUUUUUUUUUUUAAAUAUCAGUGGAACUAAAUACUGUAUGAAGUAAACUUCCAUGUGUUUUCCUUUCUGACAAUUCAAGUGUGAUUGUAGGUCAAAUGCGAUUGUUAGUCAUUUUGUCUUUGUAUGUCAUGUACUGUAGUAGACUCACAAAUUCACAAUUAAUUUGACAUGCUCUGUUGUAAUUAGACAUUAAUUUAUGCAUUGAUAAAGCUUUAUAACUUGAUAAGGUAGAGAUAUAACUAUGUUUGGAUGAAAUGCUUCUUUAAGUCAGUGAGACAAUUGACUUUUGUGCCAAAUCCCAGGAAUAUGAGUUAUGCUGUCACACCUUUCAGGUCAAGCAGAGUGUCACAGAACACUUACGUGAUUUUUUUUGGUGAAUUAUUCCAUUAUAUAUAUAUAUUUUUUUUGAUGGAGAAGGUUUCUAUCGAACUCUUGGCUUAGUAGUAGUGUAGACAAUCAUUUGUGUUCAUGAGUUGUUUAUUUUUGUGUUAUUUCAAAGAAAUGAAGAUUUGUAACAUUCCUACCGUUUUCACGUGCUUCUUGUGCUGGAAAUAGCUUUGCUUUAUCUUAGUAUAUGAUUAACAGAUUUUUUUCCACAUUUGAAUUUCCCCAACAGAGAAUGCUUUUAUUGUGAUGAAUUUGUCCCUGUGUUUUCCUACAUUCCUUAGUCCCACUUCAGGGGGAAAAAAGGUAAAUGUCCUUCAGUUUUACUUCCUUUUUCCCACAGGGUGACCAAUAUCAUUCAUUUUAUCAUAGACUAGCUUAAUGUAUUUCACAGGAUUCGCUAAUUUUUGUACAUGUACUACUGCAAUUCAUUAACUGAAUCUCAUCGUGUUUUCCUGUGAUGAAGAUUUUGUACUGAAAUUCAAAUACAUUCACUAAUUUAUAUACUACCUUAAUGUUUCUGUCUGUUUCUGAUUUUUUUGCUUAUCAGCUUAUUAAUACAUAGUGUAUCAUGGAGUCUUGCACCUGUUUAUCAAUGAUUGAAAUGCAGGUAUUUUAAUGUUUUACAUGCAAGUGCAAUUGCAGGUUUUGAGUAGUCCAAAUUAUUCUCUUGCCAUUGUGGGUAAUGAAUUAUAGAAUGAUUUUGUUCAGAUUUGUGGAAAUGGCCCCUUGUUCAUAGAGUACCUUAGUUCCUUUACAGCUAUUGUACCUCUAGAACCCUGUUCAGUUAUACCAGCAUUCUUUUUGUUUUAACAUUGGUAGGCAUUGCUUUAUGAGGCCAUCUUUAAAAAUUGUUUGGUUGCCAUCUCCUGACCGACCGGCUCAAAAUGGCCCGACUCAAAAUGUUUUUAACCUCUAGAAAGCAUUUAUUUUUUAUGAAUCCCAGAAAAUAGAUUUUGUAAAUUUAGCCUUGAUGUUAAAAUUUUCCAAGGAAAAUAAUUUUCCAACCUACCUACCAACCCAAGGUUUCCAUCCCGAGUCGGGAGAGGGCAAGCAAACAUUAUUUUAAAGUUGACCUGAUAAAAUAUAUUUUGUCAGGUUAACUUAAACCCUUUAGCAGUAAUUUUAUUAUUCUGUAUUGUUAUAUGACAUUGAAAUAAGCUGUUCAGUAUGCUGACAAUAUUAGAGAUUGUGUUGAACCAGCACUUCUGUGUUGGAUUUAUUAUCUGUUUGUUACCUGUUGUUUCAAUGAAAAAAAAGACCUAUUUUAUGGAUAUUUUUUCACUACUCUGUUAUUGAAUUGUAAAUAAAUAUCACAAUUUAUUAGA